AUGACCACCACUACCACCACUACCGCCACUGGGACUCUGACUGUUUCUACUCAUCCUCCCGUUGAGAUCUCGAAAUAUCCCAAACUGGACGCUUCACAGGCCGGUCAUCUGCGACACUUCCAUAAUCUUGUCUCGCAACCUGACGGCGAGUGGCAUCACUUUGGCACCCUCGAGGCCCAGCAGGAAUGGGAUGAUGCGUACAGGUACCAGUUGGCGACGAUGGCCUACGCCACUGGUGUCGCUCAUUACCAUCGUCUUCCGGCCAUGAGAAGUGCGUUCAAAGCGCUCUUGCGACGGAUCAUACACAAGAUGCUUCGCCGAGAGGUUUGGGGAUAUUGGUUCAACACAAGCCAUGGGGGAAACCUUCUCGAUCCGGACCUGAAAGAACUCCGGAAACCCUGGGCGGAUCCGGUCAUCAAGGAAAACAUCAUGUACUCAGGCCACUUGUUGUUGAUGACCAGCCUGUACGCUAUGCUCUUCGACGACGACGAAUUCGAAAAGGAAGGCAGCUUGACCUUCCACUGGAGUCCUUUGUUCUGGGGCUUGGGCAGAGAGGAUUUCACGUACGACAAUCGCAGCUUGCAGGAGGUAAUUUUCCAGCAGAUGGAGGAGAAUGAUUGGGUAGGCGUGUGCUGUGAACCGAAUGCGGUGUUUGUGGUGUGCAAUCAGUUUCCGAUCAUUGCCAUGAGAUACAAUGACAGCCGCGAUGGUACAAACAACGUGAACGAAGUCCUGAAAAAGUACGAAGCAUCCCUCAUUCGCAAAGGCAUGAUCACCGAUAGCGGCCUGUACCCGAGCUUCUUUGCCCUGAAGCAGCGCCAGGCUAUUCCCGCAAGGCAAGGAGCUCAUACCGCUUGGGCAAAUGCAUACAUGAACACCUGGAACUCUGAAAAGGUGCAUUCGCUGUAUGACAGCCAGGUCCUUGGAUUCUUGACCAACGUCGACGGGAAAACUCGUCUUCAGCCUACCCGAGUAGCUCUUGGAUUCCGGAAACUGGUACUGGAGCAUAGGGAGGAUCCUCAGAGCCCGGAGACCCUGCGCAGGGCCCGCGAGAUCUCUUCUCAAUUCACUAACCCGGUAUUCCCUUUCGAAACAAUAAGCUGGAACUGCUUUACCCAGAUGUUGUCGGAGCUAGGAAAAGAAAAAGAGCUCAACGAUCUCCUCGAAUACAUCGACUCGCACCUCAAUCCGACAUGGGAGAAUGGCGGCCUGUUCUAUCCGCGCAACGACGAGCUCUUUGACGAGGAGCACCAUAUGAUUCACAUGGAGCCUCACUCAGGCAACUCUGGCAUCGGGUACUCUCGACUGAAUGUCAAGGAUGGGCAGAAGAAGAUGUGGGAACAGCCAUGGACGCACGAGAUCCUCGCCCAGCGACCGUGGGUGGAUGAAUUGACCUUCGCGGACGGCGUGGACUUCCUGAGAGGGAUCUGGGACAACGAAGCGCGUGCCAUAGUGGUUACCCUGCAGAGUUGGACCGGAAACCCACGAGAAGUAACGUUUACGGUCAAAAAUCUGCCUCAAGGAGACUGGGCAGUCUAUGUUAACGGCGCGCUGAAGCAGACAACAACAGUGCGCGAGACUGAGGGUGUUGGUGUGACUGUGAAUGUCGGCCAGGGUGAGGUUGACAUUGUGGUGGGAUCUCUCUAG